CAGGGCGCAGCGCUCUGCGUCCCGGACACACCCAUUCUGUUGUGUCAUUACUGGUAGAGUGUCAGUACUGGCUAAUUUUUUUUAAAACAUUGUGUGAUUGGACAAUCCCCGAUUCGACUCAUUAGCGCAGCUGCAGUUCGUUAGGUCGAUUCACGUUUACGUUUGCAAAGUGGAGUAGUUUCAAAAUGAGAGAAAAUUCUGUUUUGUCUUUACAAAAAAAUGCUUUUACAAAGCGUUCACUUGAAGAAAAAAACAGGAUAAAGGAGCUUGGACCGGAUCGUCCCAAUUUACAAAUUCAGCAGCAGGCAAGUGAUCGUGGACGAUCCUACACGCGGGCUUUUUCCAGCUCUUCUUAUGACAAGCGGAGUUGGCUAGCUGGAUGUGAUGUAAGCAAUGCCUUUUACUGCUUUCCGUGUUUGCUAUUUCAAAGUUCUGGCACGGAGGCAAUGUGGACAGCAACUGGGGUAAGAGACUUAAAACAUCUUUCAGAAAAAUGCAAACGGCACGAAAACAGCCGCAGCCACCUAGACAAUGCAAUGAAGCUAAGUUUUUGGGGGAAACUUAGCAUUGCUCAACAGCUAGAUGAAGGCUACAGGAUUGCUGUUAGAAGGCACAGUGAAGAGGUGACAGAAAAUCGGCACAUCCUUUCUAGAAUAAUAGACUGUGUUAAGUUUUGUGGAGCCUUUGAGCUGGCCUUGCGUGGUCAUGACGAAAGUAAGAGCUCUGAAAAUCCCGGGAUCUUUCGUGGGUUGGUUGAUUUUGUUGCUUCUCUUGAUGGAGUACUAAAAGAGCACCUUGAGAAUGCUACUGUGUUUAAGGGAACUUCGAAAACUGUGCAGAAUGAGCUACUGGACUGUAUGUUUUCUGUUCUGAAGGAGCAUAUAAUCAAAGAAGCACAGAGCAGUGAUUUUCUUUCAAUCCAGGCAGACGAGACUGUGGAUGUUGCUACGCAGUGCCAGCUUGUGCUUGUACUACGCUAUAUCGAUGCCAAAAACACUGUGCAGGAAAGGUUUUUUGAGUUUAUCCCUCUGCAGUCGGCUACAGCUGAUUCCAUUGCUACAGCCCUAAAAGAACAUCUUGCAACUAUUCUUCCUGAGGAUCAAAAGGCUAACCUCAUCCGCUGUUUCCAAAGCAUACAAGACUCUGGUGACUUUGACCCCAUUACCGUCAGAGAGGCUGGAGCAUUUGCCAUGCUACUGGAGGAUCAGGAUUUUAAGUUCUUUCUGCAACUUUUCCACCAUAUCAUGCCUCAUGUGGACCUUCUCUAUGCCAAACUCCAGAAGAAGGUCAUAGAUUCAGUCUGUAUCCAGGAGAGCAUCCAACAGUUCCAGCAGGACAUUCAAAAGAUCAGGUCUGUGAUAUCAUACUGGGACACACCAGGGAGCGCUUUUCUUUCACAAACCACCUUGUUAGUGCCACACUCCUGCAGGGGGACAGAUUUGAACAAUACAACACAGCAUUUCCUGAAGAUGCACUGAGCAACACCUUAAAAGCCUAUCCAGUGCUCAACGAGGUAAGCUGAAGACAGAGCUUACUCUCAUCUACAGCAAGGAAGAGUUCAAAGCCUGUUGUGGUGCUGUGGGCCUACUCCAGCUGUUUAUGGAAAACAAUCUAGAAGAAGUCUUUUCAGAAACUGUCACGCUCUUGAAGAUCCUCAUCACCACACCCAUGACCACAGCAGAAGCUGAAAGGUGCUUUUCAACUCUGAAAAGAAUCAAGACUUUUCUGAGAAACUCAAUGACUCAGGACAGGCUGAAUGCAUUGGCCAUGUUGUCAAUGGAGAAAAGACUAGUCACAGAGAUGACUGACUUUAACAAGAAUGUAAUUGAGAAAUUUGCAGGGCAGAAGGAAAGGAGGGCAAAAUUCAUGUUCAUAUAGUGCUAUUUUUUUAAGAUUUGUUUUGUUUGUUUUUCAUUUGUUUGUUUGUGUGCGCCCCCCUCAGUUUUUUUAGCACCAGCCGCCACUGUACAUGUCAGCCAACAGUUCAGUUUACAUAGAUAUACAUUUGUAUGAAUAAAUACUACAUUUUCUUUACAGCCACGCUGCUAAGAAGAUCGUCUUCUUAUAGGAGGUAAAACCCGUAAAGGCUGAUAGCGUUUGACAGUGCCUGGACCAGUUUUCGGCACUACAGUUUCAGGUUGAGGCGCAGAUGUUCUCUGUGUCUCACGUUGACGUUGCCUCUCCCUUUCUUUUUUCAGUUCUAACUCAAGCUCCUUUACUUGACCUUUCAGACGACCGAUCUCUUGCUUUUGUUCUUCUUCAAGCAAAGAAUGUCGCCAUUCACAAGUGCAAGUUUUUGCUGCGGUUAGAGACACUAUAUACUUCCUGCGAUCUGCAGCGAUGUUCCUUUUCAGCUUUUCAACCUCCUUUAAUAAUCCCUCAAUUCUUUGCUCGCGUUGUUUUAAUUUUGAUGCUAAAUAUUCUCCUCGAAUUUCAAAUGCCUCCUUUUCAGAUUGGCUCAAGGGUACACCUUGUACAUAUUUCUUUUUCAUGGCCAUUAACCUGGCCCGGAACUGUCUGAAGGCCGGGUCUCUGUUGUGAGAUCCGUGAGGGAAAGCCUUUUCAAAGUCUUCCAUGCAGAGAGCCAGAUCCUCUUUGUACCGCUCUGACUCCACUUUGGACAGACGGAGUCUUUCUUUCAGCAUUGUGUUGUUUCGCUGUUGGUGCUUGAUUGUCUCAUUUAGUGAAGUAUGCUCAUUAUUUAAAUCAAGCAAUUCAUAAACACGUAUCUGGUAGUCAUCGGAUAGCACGUUAUUUUUUUCCUUCUCGGCUUCCAAUUGAAUAUGAAGCUUUUCGUUUGUUGCUUUGCUCUUCUUGUUUUCCUGGACUUCGCUUUUUAACAAAUACCUGAGCUCUGCUUCUCUCUCAGCGGCUUGGUUCCUAAUUUGUUUAAGCUCGGAGACCCGAGCAGCUUCUUGGUUUUUAAUGAUGUCUUCCUUCUCUUGUAGUUUGUUUUUAAGACUUUCAAUCAUAUCGUCUUUUUCGCUGAUUAUUUUAGCUGAAU